UUGUUUUACACUCUAUACGUUUUUUAUAUGAGUAAUUGGCGGCAAAACCUCCCCAACUAUCAAUUUACUUGCAAAAAACCAUCCAACCUCAUAUUUUGGUGGUAAAACCCUCCAAAGUGCACUUCCGUUUACAUUUUUAAGGUACCGUCAGUCUGACCUCGUUAAGCCCUAAUUUUGCCCACGUGGCAAUGACAGGUCAGUUAAAAAUUAUCCUAUGUGGCAUAUUUAAAAAAAAAAUAUUAAAGUAAGUAAUUAACAUAAAAAUAAAAACUUUAAAAUAUAAACAAAACCCUAAAAUUUACAAUAGAGACUGGAAAUUAAAAUCUACACAGAAAAGAAAGAAGGAGACGAAGAAGAAGAGAAAGAGCAGAGAAAAAGAAGAGAAAGAGGGGAAGAAGAAGAAGAGAAAGAGAAGACGAAGAAGAAGAGAUAGAGGGGAAGGAGACGAAGUUCAGCAGAAGAAGGGAAGAACGAAGAACAAGAAAGAAAAUGACUGUAAAAUGUCGUUGUCGUCCUCCGAAGAGAUCUAUGAUUUUCACCUCUUGGACUGAUGCAAAUCCAGGUAGAAGAUUCAUGAGAUGUCCUCUGUACAAUCAAGUUGGUGGGUGUAAAUUUUGGGAGUGGUAUGACCCUCCGAUGUGUGAGCGUGCUGCAGUAGUCAUACCAGGCUUGCUGAGAAAAAUAGGGAAGUUGGAAGAUGAACUUUCAUCUAUGACGUCGAAAAUUGCUGAACUUUCAUCUAUGUCGAAAAUUAAUGAACACUCAUCUAUGUUGAAAUUUGACGAAGAUCCUGAUUUAACAAACAUGGAUGAGGGCUACAAUGAAAGCUUUGAUGACAGCAGCCCAAGUAUUCUUGUUCCUGAAAAUAAAAGCAGUCAAACUUUUAGAUUUGUAUUAAUUUGUAUUGUAGUUAUUUUUGCUUUCCUGUGGUUAAAAUCAUAAAAUUAUGUAAGGUGGUGUUUAGUUUACCGAAAUGUAAUUGUAAUGGUAAUAGGAAUAGUAAUGGAAUGUAAAAGUAAUAGUAAUGGGAAUACUAUUACCAUGUUUGGUUUAUUUUGUAAUUAGAAUUGAACUUAUAAAACUUUGAUUCAGCUAUGGUUUAUUUUGUAAUUA